AAUCUAUCUACUCUUACUCUAAUUUCUCUCUACUUUCUCUCUAUAUAUACUUCUCUUUUCUCACUUCUGCUGAGAUGGAGCGCCUACCCCCUCAAAGUCAUGUCUGACGCCCUAAACCCCUUGGACCCGAGCGACUCCCACUCGCCCGGGUUCAAACAAUACUAAUAACACGAAUGAAAUAAUGGCGCUUUGUGACAUCAUCAUUAGUUCAACUAAAGUUUUGUUCAAUUAUGUUGAACAACCUUUAUGUGUUAAAAGAAUAGUUCAGUGACUAAACUGUUACAACCUUCUCAGUUGGGUGACUACUUUCACACUUAAUCCGGAUAGAAUCAUAGAAAGGAAAGGACUUCCCAGAAUGGCAGAAUCUCAAUCUACCGUUCACUUCUUUGCAUAAAAGAGCAAACUAUCUGUCGUCUCCUUCCCAGUAUAUCGGAGCCGGAAGAAGAAGAAGAAGAACAAAAUGCCGAGCUGCUGCGCGAUCUUCUGCGAGAUCCUGAUCGCGAUCUUGCUCCCUCCUCUGGGAGUUUGCCUCAGGCAUGGCUGCUGCACCGUGGAGUUCGGGAUCUGCGUGAUACUGACGAUUCUGGGUUAUCUCCCAGGGAUAAUCUACGCCCUCUACGCGAUCGUGUUCGUGGAUCGCGACGAGUUCUUUGACGAGGCCAGGCGCCCUCUGUAUUCCGCCUCGUACUACUAGCUGACUUCAUUUGAGCUCUCUGUAUUCUGGGCUUUAGCAGUACUCUGUUUCUGGGCUGUAUGAAUGCUCGAUUAAGCUUUUAUGUCAGUUGAAUCUAUGCUUUUUAGAGUGAGUGUUCUGAAGUGUUAGCUUAGAGUGAGUGUUCUGAAUUGCUUUGUUAUGCUUUUUUGUUGGGCAUUCUGAUGCAUAUUAGCAAUGGAGUGAGUGGUGUUCAAUAGAGUAGUGAUGGCUGCACACGGUGUCUGGAUUCUGAUUCCGGAUCUUUCAAUCAGCACCUCCAAGGACUAUGGGGGAUUGGUGGGAUGAUUCGGUUGUUUUGAAUCGGGCAAUAACAUGGAAGAGAAUGCAAAGAUUACUAAAAAAAGCAUAUGAUUUGGUUAGAUUUGGAUUCGAUCCGUUUUGUUUGAAAAGAGUUCGACAUGAAUUCGAGUGGAUUCUGGUUUACUUAUGGUCGAUAAUUCAACAUGAUUCUGUUUGUCGAUGUGUCGAUGAUGUAGGGUGAAUCUGAUUGUCUAUGAUGGAUGAUCAUUAUGCAUAUUCUGGAAUGUUAGUCUUGAACGAAGUAAUAUUCAAGUUGAGUUUGAAUUUACUCGAUAAAAUACCUUUGAAUUU